AUGCAUCAGCCACGAAAGGACCAUUGGCAUGCAGCACUCCGUGUGGUUCGUUACAUCAAAGGGAUUGUCGGUCAAGGAGUUCUCCUAAAAGCUGCAACAACUUUCCAAGUUAACGGCUGGUGUGAUACUGAUUACUCAGGUUGUCCUCUCACCCGUCGUUCUGUCACAGGAUAUUUGGUUCAACUUGGUACAUCCCCCAUCUCCUGGAAAACAAAGAAACAAGAUACCGUUAGUCUUUCUUCUGCUGAAGCUGAGUACAGAGCUAUGGUACAUCUCACAAAAGAGUUACUCUGNAAGAGUAUCUUAUAA